AUGGCGUGGCCGCGGCUUCUCUCCCUCCUGAGCCGUCCUUGGGUCCGCCGCCUGAGCGGCAGUUGCUAUCCGCUGAGGGAGCACCGGGGGCUGCUGCGGCUCCGAGGCCCGAACACCCCGGCUUUCCUGCAGGGUCUCGUCACCAACGACACAGAGCGGCUGGAGGAGGGCGCCGUGUACGCUCACCUGCUCAACGUGCAGGGGCGGAGCUUGUAUGAUGUCAUCCUGUACAGGCUCUCCUCAGAAGCGGAUGGACAGUCUGAUACCCUACUAGAGUGUGACAUCCAGGCGUUGGGGCCCAUCCAGAAACAUCUGCAGGUCUACAACUUCCGGAAGAAGGUGGAGGUGGCGCCCUGUCCGGAGCUGUCGCUGUGGGCCGUCCUUCCAGGUCAGAAACCGCAGGAUGGUCUCGGGGAGAGGGCGCCGAGCCCAGUGGUGGUGUGCAGCCCUGACCCUCGAGUGCCGGCGAUGGGAUGGAGGAUUGUGGCCCCGACAGACGGGAAUAUCACCGACCUGCUGCCUGGAGCUCAGCCGGGAAACUACGAGGAGUACUGCAAGCACCGAUAUGAACACGGUGUUCCAGAGGGGAUGAAGGACCUUCCUCCAGGUGUGGCUCUACCGCUGGAAUCUAACCUGGUUUAUAUGAACGGAAUCAGUUUUUCCAAAGGAUGUUACUUGGGCCAGGAGCUAACAGCCAGGACUCACCACACCGGAGUUAUCCGCAAGCGCCUGGUGCCUGUGCACCUCUCAUCCCCGUUACCAGCUGAAUGUCAGGAAUCAGAGAUAGUCACGGCCUCUGGGAAAGCGGCUGGUAAAUACAGAGCUGGAAUUGGUGACUUAGGUCUUGCCCUGUUGAGGCUGGAACACCUUGGAGUAGACCUUCAGAUAAAACUAGGAGGCCAGGAGCCAGUCAAUGUGAAGGCCUCCACCCCAGAGUGGUGGCCAAAGCCUGAGAAUACUUCAUGA